AUGUCUGUGGCCACAACAGGCGCACCCGCGCCAAUUUCGGAGGCCGAGAAACACGCGACUCCACCUGUGGCUUCGAAUGCUCCUGCAAAUACGGUCGCCAAGCCACGCAGCUGUGUCACAUGCCGCCAACGCAAGGUGCGCUGCGACAAGCUGUCGCCCUGCUCCAACUGUCGUCGCGCAGACAUCCCAUGUGUCUUGCCGUCGAUGGAGCGGCCGCCACGCUGGGCCCGCCGCCUGAAGCAGCAGCAGCAACGGCAACAGCAACGGCAACAGCAACGGCAACAGCAACAGCAGCAACUACAGUUACGGCAAACGGAGCAUGGGCACCUGCUGGUCGCAGAAUCAUCCUCGCAGAGCCCUCGUCCGAAUGCUGCAUACCUGUCGUCUACGCUCCCGACUGGAAGCCCUCUUGGCGAUCCGGACCCGGCCAACGCGGCGGAUGUCAGUGCGGUCUUGGGCCGGUUGAAACAGCUUGAGGCACUUGUGCGAGAUCUCAGCAGCUCUUCCGGCUCGCCAUCGUCACAGAUGCCCGCUCUGGGCCCCGCCCCGCCUGCGAACACCACUACCACACCGACUGCUCCCACCACCAGUGCCACCACCGCCUUCUCUCCGCCUGCCGCCGCCUUCGGCACGGUCCCUAUCCAGGAGCGCUUCGGGCGCCUGAUCCUCGACGACGACGCCUCCAACCGCAGGCGCUAUGUCAGCAGUGGCUUUUGGUCUCGAAUCACUGACGAACUCGACGUGCUGCGUGCCGAAACGGGCAACCUCGCCGAUGGUGAGCACGGCUACUACUCCACGGAUGACGACUCGGACCUGGAUGAGGAUGGCGCAAAUGACGGCCACCAGCCUUUCAGCCCAGCCGGCGCUGCGAAUGCCAUAUAUGCCACAAUGGACACGGCAUUGCGGACGGCCGCCGACCGCGGCGCUUUUCUCUUUGGACACAACCUACAACCGCCUCUCGGCGAUGCAUCACACUACCGGCCGCUGCCAUCGCAAAUUCCCUUCCUUUUCCAGGUCUAUAUUGUUAAUGUCAAUAUGCUUGGCCAGGUUGUGCAUGUACCCACCAUUAACAAGAUCGUUGCAGGUCUGCUCGGUGACACCACAGCCUCCAUCGAGCAACAGUCUGGGUACCUAAAGCUCUCGCCUGCUACAGAGGCUCUGAUGUUUGCAAUCUACUACGCUGCCAUUGUGUCUAUGGAAGACGAAGAUGUCGUUAAGAAUUUCGCCAUGACGAGCAAAGAGUUGAGUCUCAAGUACCGGAUGGGUCUGGAGCUGUCGCUGGCAAAGGCCAAUUUCCUGGACAGCUUCGACUUGGAAAUUGUGCAAGCCCUGGUUAUCUUCCUGAUGUUGUGCCGCCGCUAUGAUAGCCCGCGCUUCGUCUGGAUGAUGACAGGCCUUGUCAUCCGCAUGGCAAAGGGUUUGGGUCUGCACCGUGAUGGCUGCAACUUUGGCGGGUCUCUUACUGCUUACGAAGUUGAAAUCCGUCGGCGCGUUUGGUGGACCGUCUGUGCCAUUGACGUUCGCUCAGCCGAGGACCAGGGCACUGACUUGACCAUUUCACCAAACGACUUUGAUACGCGGCUGCCUCUAAACAUUAGCGACAACGACAUCAGUCAAGAGUCUGACGUCACGGACCCCCCAGCCGUGCGCGACGAGCUGACCGACGUAACCUAUGCACUGCUGAAUUUUGAGGUGACACGCCUUGCCCAGCGCAUGAUGGCGUCUGCCGCCGCCGCAUCCAAGGAGAACGGUCCGCGGGGCGACGAGUUGCUUGAUGAGCAGAACCGCAUGCUCGACGAAGUCUACCAGAAACUGGAAUCUGUGUACCUGCGCCACUCGCCAGACACAACAAGCGUCAUCUACUGGACUAGUAUUACCAUCACCCGUCUCUUCUUGGCAAAGAUGACGCUUAUUUUGAACCUUCCGAGGCUGAUCCACGAGAGGAAGGACUCGGACGGCGCCAGCCCCAGAGAAAAUGAAGAUCUGCGUAUACGAUUGCUCUCGUCGGCCAUUGAAGUCGCCGAGUACAACGAUGCACUCAAGUCGGAGCGUGCAUGCCGUCGCUGGCGCUGGCUUUGGCGCCGGCCAUGGGACCCUGCCGUCGAGCGUGCCUGGGUGGCUCUGCAUGGGCCCCACCUGAUUCCAGCCCCCCCAUCUUCUGCUAUAAAGCAACGAAAGCAACAGCAACAGCAACAACAACACCAGCAAGCGGAAUCUCAAGGGCCAGCUCGGCCUGUUGAUUCCCGUGCCGCAAGUAUUGGGGCUGCUAGUUCUGGGGGUGCUAGCACUACCAACUCGAAUAAGAGUGGCAAAAGCAACAAGAGCAACAAGAGCAACACCAGCACGGACAGCAGCACACAAUUUUUUUGGUUGCCCUUGCGGCGGCUGUUGGCUCGUGCUCGCCGUCAUCGUGCGUCGGAACUCACGCGACUACGUGCCGACACUCGAGCAGCACGGUCGUUGGAGAUUGCCUACGACAUCGCCGUCGCUGAUGGUCGCAGCCGGCCACUUUCCAACCCAGGUGCCGUGGAUGCCUUUCGGGUCCGUUGGCGGCGCCUCGUCGGGCUAGAGGGCGGGGCCAAUGCUCCUGAAGCAUUGUCCACUUCCAAAUCGCCCGCUGCGGCUGCGGGCACUGAUAUAACAUCCAGCAACACUUUAAGCACACCCGAUUUUCAGAGUGGCGUGCCCUCGUCAAGUCAUGUCUCGAGUGCAUCGUCUAUGAGAGGUCUGCGUAACUUUGGAGACCUAUCCGAGGCCGAGUACGCGAGCGUCAGCUUCCCGGCCCCCAAUAGUGUGGACGCAUUCAUACUAAACACCGCUGGUCAGACGCCUCAGCAGCAACAGCAGCACUAUCCACGAGAGCAGUUUGCUGCUCCCGUUGGGAAUAAACAGGAUCUUGGCAGCUCCGGCCCGCUUUGGAACAACUUCGAUCCCUGGCAGAUCUGGGGUACAACAGAAUCAACCGGCAAUGCUAUUGGGCAGGACGGUACCGCUUCAAGCAACUUUGUUAAGAAAACACCGCUGAUGUUUGACGAUGACCUUGAGAUCGACAUGGACGUUGAGCCAAACAUUGACUGGGAUCACUGGUUGUCAGCAUCAAAGGGCUUUUGA